AUGAACAGAUACCAAGCCCCAAAGCCCGAAAUCAUGAUGAACAGCAACAACGAUGAAGCCUUUCUCACUUUGCUAUCGUCACAGCGCGAGUUGCUUACCCAACUCAACCGAGAAAACGCGGAGCGACGUGUCACUGGCAACAAUGGGUAUCAUCAUCCUCAGGGUACUGGUACCUUUGGCAGCAACGGCUUUGACGCCACCUUAUCUGCUUCCAUGAGCACAAUGGGAAGCACCCUCUAUCCUUCCGCCACUAAUAACAUUGUGACUCCCAAUCACUCCAUCUGCGAACAUCAGACUUCCUCCUCCGCAAACGGCGAGAAUGUUUUGUACUCCAAGAGAUUCUCGUUGGGAUUGGGCAACGACUAUUUCGGGAUGACACCGACGGCCUCUGUAACAGGCUUUGGUGACGAUCUCAUGAAGGCUUCCUCUUUUGGCCCUGAUCCCAUCGGUUGCGAUAUUGUCCCCUUUGCUGACAUGAAAGCCAACACCAAGAAGAGAGAUAAGGACGACUUUGGUUUUGACGAGUUUUUCUCUGCGAAGAAGCGACGCCUAAGCAACGCUGCGCUUAUUCAGAGCAUCUUUUCCGAAGAAUCCCAUCAGCCGCAUCAGCAGCAACAACAACUCGAGCAGAGUAUCCAACGCCGCUUUUCUCUGACAUCGUUUGUCGAGAGUGGAUUGGAGAUGCCGUCCUUUCUCGAUAGCAGCACACCAGCAGAAGAAAACAAGGACGAUCUCGUCACUUGGCAGACCGCUACGAAACCUUCUGCACCCGUUGUUCUGACCCCCACUCCAGUCACUCCCACUAGCAAGCCCAAAAAGGCCAAGCAAACAAACAAGGCCCAAGCGCAGAUGCCACUCAUCAGAACCAUGGACCCACAAGAAGCGCGUGCAAAGCUCAUGUCCCUGUCAAGUGCUAUGGAGAAGACUCAAAAAAGCCAGCAGGACAUUCAUGAUUGGGAUCGCAAGAUGGGGCUCAAGCGCUCUCAUAGCAAGACGAUGCGUCUCACCACGAGGUCGAGAAAGAAGCUUCGAGCCAUGCUGAAGAAGCAAAUGAAUGCGCUCACUUCCAAGAAGCGCUAA